UCACUCCCCGACUGCCUGCUGCUGCAGCUCGCAACAACCAUGAUCUCUGUACUUGUGAUCGUUCGAGGCUUCUACAAUGGAGCGAAAGAGGUGCAAAAGUUGCAGAGAAAGCGGAAGACCCGCGUAGUGGGUGUGGCAGAGCUCGGGGGCCCGGAACAUUCCCCCAGACAGACCAGCAGUGAGAUCUGGCGGUGUUCCAAGUUCUCUGAAGUGGACGUCGAAACCACACAGCUGAGAAAAUCGUCGAGUGAACCUGAGUGUCUGGACGUCGUCGUGCCAUUCGAGCCAUUCCCCAACAGGCACGAUUUCCCAGGAUUCCCUAGGGAGGACAGUGCAAGUCCCAACAACAACAGGCUUUUGGACACAAACGGUUGCCAUAACAACAGUUGCCAUGAACACCCACCCGGCCCUGCCCGGUUCAGAAACAUUCGCUCUGCCUGGACAGACGGAGUAAGGGAGAGGGGCAGAGACGUGGAAGCCACGGUAGUGCGUUCUAUACCCGACAACAGAGUUAUGGUUUCGAGGUGACCUGCUGUGGAACGAAACUGGAGCAACAUGAAUACUCUCAAACUAUAAUCUUUAUUCACAUAACGGAACCUAACUGAAACGACGGACGGGAUAAUUUCGUAAAACUCUGACGAUGCGCCUAUCAUCAUUUCUCACAGUCUUCCCUUCAACCAGCUGUACGAACUCCUUACAAAUGUGGCAAAAAGGGACACUUCAUGAAAAAGAGAAAAACUGGAACCAAGCAGCUCUCAGUCAAUCAGAAAAUUCGCAUAAGAUAUUAUUAAGCUCUUGCUAAUCUGACCCUGGUUCUGAUACGCUGGUUGAAUGAAAACCUGGUUGUGCUAAUUAGCGUCAAACCAAACUUACGAAAAUGUCCACUGUUCAAUGCAAGUUGCCCAUUGUUAAAAGCACAGUGUAGGGAAGACCGGGUAAACUAGGAUGCACAUGUACAGAUGGCGCUAAAUGAUAACAAAAGGCAUUACAUGAUGUCUUUGGUCUGAUAUAUUCUCUCUUAUUGCAUAUCCGGAAUUUAGUAGCGACUCCUUGCAGGUUGAGGAGCUCGACUAUCCAUUAUAAGAUUAACCAGUUUCUAAGAAACGUUACACGUAUCAGAUGAAGUACUUUGAAACAGCCAUAUAGAUGAUAAUCAUGUUCGUUAUGCAAAGUAAAGCAAUGCCAACGUGAUA